CGUAGUUGGUGUUGACGUCGCUGCCAUGGUUACGGCGUCAAACUCGUGAGGCAGUAGAUGAAAGUUAGCUUAGAAAUUAGGUAUUUCGCAUUUUUUUUCAUAGUUUGACCUCGUAUUUUGGGAAAGUGUUGUGUCUUGUUGACAGCAUACGAGUAUGUUCACUGAAAUUAAAGACACCACAGAAACAUGCCUGUGCAAAAAGACCCUUGAACGCCCCAAACAAUAGUCUGUGUAGACUAAACAUCUCAGCAUCACUUCCACAAUGUGUUCCCGAGAGAACGGGGAUGUCCCUGACCUGCAGUUGAGUUUUGUCUUUGGGAACAGUGUUGUCAAACCAGAGACCCCCUGCACGCCGCCUGGGGAUGCUGAGCCACAGGAGCUCCCUGAAUAUUAUUCAACAGAGACUAUGUGUCUGAGCAGAACUGAGCUGAAGCAUGUUACAGAUAGUAUUGUGAAAAAUAUCUCACUAAAGUAUUUAUACCUCGAAGGCAACCAGAUAUCCAGUAUCCCAGGAUCGUUGUUCAUCAGCUUGCCUAACCUGCUGUGGCUGGACCUCAGAAAUAACCAAAUUGCAUCACUCCCUGCUGAAAUUGGCUUGCACAGGUCUCUGAAAACAUUACUGCUUGAAGGAAAUCCCAUCUCAGAACUUCCAGCAGAGCUGGGAAAUGUGAUCACCCUCAAAGGCCUGAACCUGAGGAACUGCCCCAUCACUUUCCCCCCACAAGACGUUGUGAACCAGGGUCUCCAGAGCAUCCUGCAGUUCCUAAGGAGUGCUAUGGCUCAGCGGCCCGUUAGCACGAGGAAGACACCUCCAGAGUUGCCAGUGGUGGAGAAGCUCCAGCUGUCAGAGCUAAUGGGGUCCAGCGUAGAGGAGCAGGAAGAGUCGGUGGAUGAGGACGAGCUGCAGAUAUUCAGGGAACUCAAACACAAGAUGAACCUGCUGGACAAGGCCGAGCUGGGUUCAAUAGCGCAGGGCCACAGAAACCCAAAUUCACUUCUUGAUUCUCUCAACAGAAGAAAAAAGGCAGCUACCAGGGCCAGCAUAAUUCCCGAGCUCCCCCUGUUUGACACUCAGCACUGGAAGAGGCCAGAAGAAAGGAAACAGGCUGCCAUGAAAGAGCUGAAAGAGAAACAAGCACUUCUCGAGCAGAGAACCAAAAGCCAGGAGGCUCUAAGGAAGUGGCGUACACAAAGCAGAAUCCCACAGGGGAAGGAGAGACAAAGAAAACCGAAGGAAGCAGAAAAAGAUUCAAAACCCGGUGUGGGGGACAGCAGUGCUACUAAUCAGAGUCAGACAUAUGAAGAGAACAGAACUGCCCGUAAGCUGGAGCGACAGAUCCAUGCCCACAUCGAGAGGAUGGUGGAGAGACGCAGGAAUCCCAGGGGCACGGCCGCUGAGCAGAUGGAAGCAGAGGAGCAAGAUGUGAGAGAGAUGAGGAGGCUACAGGCUCGGCUUCUGGAGAAGACGAGGAAUCGGGGGAGACAUCUUGAGAAUUGUUUCACUGUCUUGGCAGCAGAGUUUCCUUGACAACUGACAGAGAUCAGAAUAACUCUCACUCCGGCUGUUUUCUGGUAUUGAAUUCACACUCCAAAUUAUCUGCAAGGGCUAAUCUCUUUACCAUUGUGAUGCUCGUAUCUUAGAAAAAAUUAAAGAUCACAAGGCUUUU